AUGAAUGGACACGGCAGCCGACUCCGCCAGGUUCAGAGCAUCCUCCUGACUCAGAGCAGCAAGUCUCAGCCUGAUGGAAUCCUCUGCAUCCUAGGAAUUGAUAGCAGGUACAAUGAAGGCUGCAGAGAGCUGGCAAAUUAUCUUCUGCUUGGUUUAUAUAAUCAAAAUACCAGUGAUUUUGAGAAAACAGGAUUUUCUGAAGAAGUUCUAGAUGAUGUGAUUAUAUUGAUUAAAUCAGAUAGUGUCCAUCUGUACUGUAAUCCUGUCAACUAUCGCUAUCUUUUACCCUUUGUGGCACAUUGGAGAAAUCUGCAUUUUCACUGCAUGACCGAAAAUGAGUAUGAAGAUGAAGAAGCUGCUGAAGAAUUUAAAAUUUCCAGCUUUGUGGAUAUGGUUCGAGACUGUAGUAGAAUUGGUAUUCCUUACAGCUCCAAGGUCACUUGCAGAUAUUUGAUAUGUUUGUGGUAGAGAAAUGGCCAAUUGUACAAGCCUUUGCACUUGAGGGCAUUGGAGGGGAUGGAUUUUUUACCAUGAAAUAUGAGGUAUGUAUGAAAAGUAGUAAGUUUGGUUUUUGUCUGCCACUAGGCUGUUAUUGUGAAGAACCCACAAAGUGAGUGUGCAUUACAGUAACACUCUGAAAAGCUGACAGUUUUCUCCCAGAGGAUUAGAGCAAGUUAGAGAACUUGAAAUGCAGAACAAUUGCUGUUUAAGAUCAGUCCCAAACUGAACUCUCUGGUCUUUCCUUCUUGGAGCUCCUCUCUAUUCUCUUCCCUGUCUUUCACCAUUCUGAGUUAAUUAUUCCUCCUGAUUACUCCUUAUAGCACCUUGGCCUCACUCCUUUUGCAGCUUUUAUCCUCCUGUUAUUACACAGUUGUCACAUACACACCCUAUUCAUCCACCCAUCUUUUAGUCUCCUGACUGCAAGCUUCUUGAGUAGAAAAACAGAGCCUUAUUGUUGUUUGUAUCUCAGAAAUUGAUAAAAUUUGAGAGCUAUUCAAGAGCAAUGAAGGGAUAGUGCAAAAUUUUGUAUAAGUACAGUAUAGUAGAAGAAAUAAAAGGGGUAGCUUUUGUGGUAAGAACAGUAUCUUUUAUUUCAUUAUUCUUGUAUCUGGGAGAUGACCAGUAAAUAUUUGUUAAGUGAAUUAAUGAGUAAGUCUGGGAAAGGAGUUGUCCAGAGUACAGGUUAGAAAGGAUGGCCUGGUAGGUCAGCAGCACAACCACAGGCAUCCAUGUGCUACCCUAGGUUCCCCACUGACAUAACCUGGCCCAGUACAGAAAACCAAGGAGAUGGAACAUUAUCAUGCUAUAAAUAGUGUCAUCCUGUUAUACCUUUAGAAGCAAUUCUGAGAAAUAUCACCAUCCCUAGGAAGUGAGUGGGAGCUUAUCUGGCAGGACCACGUCACACACAGGCUGGAGGGAAGUUGCCACAUGCACAUCACCUUUUCUGCUCCAAAACCACAGUAUUUUCACAUGACAUCAACAAUGUUUCAGGAACUGCCCCUGAUAUGAAGUAAUGCUCUCUAAUUCAGAAG